AUGCUACGAUACGAUGGUCAAGUUGCUAUCAUUACUGGAUCUGGUGCUGGAAUUGGUCGCUGCUAUGCAUUGCUCUUUGCUGAUCGUAGUGCUAAAGUUGUCGUGAAUGACGUCAACAAAGAUUCGGCAGACUCCGUAGUCAGUGAAAUUACGGCCAAGGGUGGUAUUGCGGUUGCCAAUUAUGAUUCGGUGACGGAUGGUGACAAGGUAGUAGCUACUGCCAUUACGAAAUUUGGUCGUGUGGACAUUCUCGUGAAUAAUGCCGGUAUCCUGCGUGACGUGAGCUUUAUCAAGAUGACCAAAGCUCAAUGGAAUCAAGUGCUUAAUGUGCACCUUCAAGGAACGUUCGCGGUGACCCAUGCGGCGUGGCCUUAUAUGCGCAAGCAGAAGUACGGCCGUAUUAUCUUGAUCACGUCAAUCAAUGGCCUGUAUGGUCAGUUUGGUCAGACCAACUACAGCUCAGUCAAGGCUGCUAUGACUGGUUUUGGCAAGUCACUGGCCAAGGAGGGUGCUCGAACAAACAUCAAAGUGAAUAUUGUUGCUCCCGGCGCCGGCUCUAAGAUGACAGAGAGCAUUAUACCAGCAGACCUGGUGGCUAGGUGGAAGCCCGAAUACGUGGCACCAACAGUUGCAUUUCUAUGCCACGAGUCGGUGCCGUGCUCGGGCAAGAUCUUCGAGAGCGGUGGCGGGUUUGUUGCGCAGGUAAAGUACAUGCGCAGCCCUGGUAUCUUUCUAGACUUGGAAACGGAGAUCACGCCCGAGGCGGUACAAGCGAAAUUUGCUCAGAUCACCGACUUUACGAACGCAAAAGAUCCAGAUGAGGAUGAGAUUUCGCCUCAGCUCAAGCAAGUCAUGUAUGCAAAGCUGUAA